AUGGUUCUACCGGAGCUGCAGGAUCCCUUCGCUGUGAUGCCUUUACUUUUGAAACUUCAGCGAUUCGUUGGACUCUGGGGCGAACGGCAGUAUCGGUACAAGUUUCGCUUGGCCUUCGCUAGCUUCUGUAUCCUCGUCGUCAUACCCAAGCUUGCCUACGGAUAUCCCGAUCUAGAGACAACCGUCCGCGGAACGGCAGAGCUGAUUUUUGAGUGGAAUGUCCUGUUUGGUAUGCUACUGUUCUCGCUAAAGCUGGACGAUUAUGAUCAACUGGUGUACCGAUACAUGGGUAUUGCCAAAACUGUAUUUCGUAAAACUCUUCCACCGGAGUUAGGUGACUAUCUCAUUGGUAUAAAUCAGCGCAUCGAUAAAUUUUCCAAGAUUUACUGCUGCAGUCACCUGUGUUUAGCCAUCUUCUACUGGGUAGCUCCAUCGACGAGCACCUACAUGGCGUAUUUGACCGUACACAAUAAGUCCGCCCCCGUGGAGCACGUGUUGCAUCUUGAGGAGGAACUUUACUGGUUGAAAAUUCGAGUCUCACUAGUGGAUUACUCUAUCUUUACGGUAAUUAUGCUUCCCACCAUUUUUAUGCUCGCCUAUUUCGGAGGCUUGAAGUUGCUGACCAUCUUCAGCAAUGUGCGGUACUGUUCGGCCAUGCUGCGACUGGUCGCGAUGCGGGUUCAGCUCAUCGAUCGCCUAGACGAGGAACACGCGGAAAAGGAACUGAUCGACAUCAUCGUAAUGCACCAGAAAGCUUUAAAGUGUGUCGAGCUGUUGGAAAUCAUCUUCAGAUGGGUUUUGCUCGGACAGUUGGUACAGUGCGUUAUGAUCUGGUGCAGCCUCGUGUUGUACGUUGCAGUAACGGGCAUCAGCACCAAAGCUGCCAACGUUGGAGUACUCUUUAUCCUAUUGACUGUCGAAACCUUUGGGUUAUGUUUCUUUGGCACGGAGCUCACGACAGAGAGCUUUAGCGUGGCACGCGCCGUGUACGACUGCUACUGGUACCAGCGAUCGGUAUCGAUUCAGAAGAAACUACGCAUGAUACUACAGCGUGCACAGAAACCUGUGACCAUUUCGGCUGGCAAGUUUUGUGCCGUCGAUGUGGAGCGAUUUGGAAACAUGGCAAAAACGUCCUACUCUAUCUACAUUGUACUUAAGGACCAGUUUUAAAGAGGCAACAAACGUUGCCCAAUGACAUACCAUUAAAGGCUAAUGGCUAGCAAUUUGUAUUGCUUG